AUGGAAUUGGAAGAUAAGGUUAAAAAGCUAAAGGAUGAGUUCCAAGGUUUGCCAAAGCCUCUCUUUCGAGCAAUUCUUUGCAACAAUAAAGUUAAUGGGGACCUAACAGCAGCCGUUCGGUGCUUACAACAAUUUGAACCAAAGAAAAAUACCAGGAUGCGCAAUCUACCGGCGACAGCCGCUGACAAGGAGUUGAAAAAGGGGUUAAGUUGUACCCCCCUGGAUGGACUCAGCCAGAAGGAAAACAACUGGACAAGAGAAGGGAAAAGGAAGAGGUCAAAACCACAACCAUCAACUCUCUCAGAACGAUCAAUGAAAACACCGCCACCGUCACAGUCCAGCAAGCCAGCACCACCACCAAAGCCACAAUCCGCUCGAUUACAUUCACAAUCCAGCAUACCAAGACCAUCUGUUGCAACGAAACUAAGAUCAACUCAGUCACCGCCACAGACCAGUAAACCACCACCGCCUCCUGUUGCUCCGAAACCACGAUCAACUCAGCCACCGUCACAGACCAGGACCGGUAAACCACCACCAGCUGUUGCUCGGAAACCAAGAUCAACUCAGUCACCGUCACACACCAGGACCAGUGAACCACCACCGCCCCCUGUAGCUCUGAAACCACGAUCAACUCAGCCACCGUCACAGACCAGGACCGGUAAACCACCCCCGCCACCUGUAGCUCCGAAACCACGAUCAACUCAGCCACCGUCACAGACCAGUACCGGUAAACCACAACCGCCAGCUGUUGCUCGGAAACCAAGAUCAACUCAGCCACCGUCACAGACCAGGACCAGUAAACCACCCCCGCCACCUGUAGCUCCGAAACCACGAUCAACUCAGCCACCGUCACAGACCAGGACCGGUACCCCACAACCGCCAGCUGUUGCUCAGAAACCAAGAUCAACUCAGUCACCGUCACAGACCAGUACCGGUAAACCACCCCCGCCACCUGUAGCUCCGAAACCACGAUCAACUCAGCCACCAUCACAGACCAGGACCGGUACACCACAACCGCCAGCUGUUGCUCGGAAACCAAGAUCAACUCAGUCACCGUCACAGACCAGGACCGGCAAACCACCCCCGCCACCUGUAGCUCCGAAACCACGAUCAACUCAGCCACCGUCACAGACCAGGACCGGUACCCCACAACCGCCAGCUGUUGCUCAGAAACCAAGAUCAACUCAGUCACCGUCACAGACCAGUACCGGUAAACCACCCCCGCCACCUGUAGCUCCGAAACCACGAUCAACUCAGCCACCAUCACAGACCAGGACCGGUACACCACAACCGCCAGCUGUUGCUCGGAAACCAAGAUCAACUCAGUCACCGUCACAGACCAGGACCGGCAAACCACCCCCGCCACCUGUAGCUCCGAAACCACGAUCAACUCAGCCACCGUCACAGACCAGGACCGGUACCCCACAACCGCCAGCUGUUGCUCAGAAACCAAGAUCAACUCAGUCACCGUCACAGACCAGUACCGGUAAACCACCCCCGCCACCUGUAGCUCCGAAACCACGAUCAACUCAGCCACCAUCACAGACCAGGACCGGUACACCACAACCGCCAGCUGUUGCUCGGAAACCAAGAUCAACUCAGUCACCGUCACAGACCAGGACCGGCAAACCACCCCCGCCACCUGUAGCUCCGAAACCACGAUCAACUCAGCCACCGUCACAGACCAGGACCGGUACACCACAACCGCCAGCUGUUGCUCGGAAACCAAGAUCAACUCAGUCACCGUCACAGACCAGGACCGGUAAACCACCUCCGCCACCUGUGGCUCCGAAACCACGAUCAACUCAGCCACCGUCACAGACCAGGACCGGUACACCACAACCGCCAGCUGUUGCUCGGAAACCAAGAUCAACUCAGUCACCGUCACAGACCAGGACCGGUAAACCACCUCCGCCACCUGUGGCUCCGAAACCACGAUCAACUCAGCCACCGUCACAGACCAGGACUGGUACACCACAACCGCCAGCUGUUGCUCCGAAACUACGAUCAACUCCAUCAUUUUCAAAGUCCAGCAAGCCAGCACUACCACAAAAAACAGAAUCAACUUCAACACCCUCACAGUCUAGCAAACUAAUACCACCACCUGUGGCACUGAAACCACAAUCAAUUCGAUCACUUUCACAGUCCAGCAGGAAAGCAUCAUCACCCAAACUACAGUCAGCUCCACCACCUUCACAAUCCAGCAAACAAGAGCAUCCACAAGAGUUAACUCAUUUACUCUCACCGUCCAGCAGGCAGGCAUCGCCACCAAAUCCAAAGUCAUCAGGAUUUGCAAAGCAAGGAAUCGAUUUCAAGCCGGAAGCAGGUAACACUAACUUUCGAUUAAAAAAUGUAAAAGCCAAGAAAGUCAAUUUGCGGAGUCUGUAA